AUGAGCGACGACGCUGUUGAGGCAACAGCAAGCGUGUCGGGAAAAGCUAGACCGAUCUAUGAGGAAAUAUCAACUCAUGCAUCUGAAGAGGACGCCAUAACAGCUCUUCACUGUGUGGAUUCAUCUGAAUACGAGUAUCUUCGGGCUUACGGGAAUCCUCCGAGGCGUGUCAGUUUGUAUCACUGCAUCUCGCAUGCCUCCUGUGAGCGAAGGAUCAGAAUUGUCAAGCGUACAGACUUCUCUGCUGUAGGAGCGGUUGCUUCAACUGCUUUUGUUGUAGAGGAGCACGGAGAGCAUGAGAGCAAAGUCACCCAUCGCAAGCGCUCUGGGAUAGACAUGUCCUUGAAGCCAGAAGUCGAUAGUAUGCUGAGAGGAGGUGCGGGGCCCAAACGCAUUCGACUGCUUUUGUUGAAAAAGUAUAAGAAGGAGAAAGUGAAGCAGGCGAAGAUCCCUGACGCGAUAAUGCUCAAAAACCGCAAGGCUUCGCUGAAAAAAAGCAGUAAAAAUGCUUGGGAAAUUUCGAAUUUCACUGUCAUGAUGGAGUGGGCAAGUCCGCGGAUGUGCACUGAUCGUGACGUUUUCUUCGGUUGGAUGGGAGGCUUUGAUGUUCAGAACGACAAACGUACAUUUGACGAAAAAGACUUGGAAUUUCAGAAUGACCUAAUUAUUCUGAAUACGUUCGACCACACUUUCACCGACGAGGAUGGAAAAGAAGCUACUUCGUUUGGUUUCAUUUUUACGUCAAGGCGCAUCUUUCGCAAUGUGUACUACUAG